AUGACUUCUCAACAACAACAAAAAGGAGGCAUAAAGUUGACAGACUUUGUACUUCGACCCUCUCUUGGCAAAGUAGGAAGACCAAUUCGUGUUCGAACUAACUUCUUUGAGGUAACCCAUUUGCCCGACGUAAAUGUCACACACUAUGAUGUGACUAUCACUCCCGAUGUCCCUCCUGCUAUAAAUAAGAGAGUAUAUAAACUCUUCGAGGAUUUGCAACGUUCUCAAGGUUUGGGUGGUAUUAAGCCUGUUUUCGACGGGCGAAAAAGUCUAUUUUCACCUAAACCUUUGCCAUUCGGUGAUGCAAAAACCUUUGAUAUUACCCUCCCAGAAGACGAUGGGAUGACUACUGCUAAACGUGCUCCCCGUGCAUUCAGUAUCAAAAUUAAAAAAGUCGGUGUAAUCAACAUGGAGGAAUUACAUCGUUUCCUCCAAUCCAAAACGGCGAGGACAGAAAAUUGUCUAACAGCAAUUCAAGUUCUUGACGUUUUGAUUAGACAUCAUCCCUCUAUGAAUUAUUCCACAGUGGGUCGUUCUUUCUACACGCCCGAAGGAUCUCAAGCGUUGUUCGGAGGCGUAGAAGUUUGGCAGGGAUAUUACCAAUCUGUCCGUCCAACAAUUAAUAAAAUGAUGAUCAAUGUUGAUCUAUCCGCCACUGCGUUCUAUGAAUCUGGGAAUCUCGUACAAAUGGUGGUCAAAAUAUUGGGAAGAAGAUCGGUAGAUGACCUUCGCCGCGGCUUAGAUGGAAAAGAUCGCAUUAAACUUGAAAAAUCUAUAAAAAACCUCAAAAUUCGAGUUACUCAUCGCGGAGAAGCUGUCGCAAAACGUCGCUAUAAAAUCACGAAAAUCACUCAAAAAUCGGCCCAAGAUACUAAAUUCGAACAAGGUGAUAAUGGCAUCACCGAUGUUGCUUCUUAUUUUAAUAAAACAUAUCAAAUACGCUUGAACUAUCCAUAUUUGCCAUGCGUAACGGUAAAGAAAGAUAUGCACUAUCCUAUGGAAGUAUGCGAAGUGAUUGAGGGACAACGUUUUCUCAGAAAGCUCAAUGAGCGACAAACGGCUGAUAUGAUCAAGUUCACUUGUCAGCCCCCGCAUAUCCGAGCUAAUAAAAUAAAACAAGGACUAGAAAUUUUGAAUUAUCGUAACAAUGAGUAUCUCAGGCAAUUUGGAAUGAGUGUUUCAAGUGAUAUGGCCAUGGUCCAAGCGAGAAUUUUGCCUACGCCUACCUUAAAAUACCAUCCUAAUUCGCGUGAACAUACAGUGACACCAAGAGAUGGUUCAUGGAAUUUACGUGACAAGAAACUGUCCGGUGGUGCUACGCUUACCUCUUGGUCAAAUAUUCCAACUAAAAGUCCUCCUAUCUCGAACGCUGGUUAUCAUGCUGACGUUGAGAACGUUUUGAAACAAGCAUGGCAGAAAGCCGGAAAUGCCGCUAAAGCAGCACCUCAACUUAUUGUCUGCAUAUUACCCAACACGGGCGUUGCGUUAUACGCGGCAAUAAAACGUGUUAGUGAUACUAUUUUGGGUGUGGCAACUCAAUGUAUCCAAUCUAGACAUAUGAUGCAGGCCAAGAAACAAUAUUGUGCAAACGUAUGCUUAAAGAUGAACGUCAAGCUAGGUGGCUACAAUGUGCACCUACUACCAAAUCAAGUUUCAUUUAUAUCAGAAAAGCCUACUAUAAUAAUGGGUGCUGAUGUUACUCAUCCUGCUCCUGGUAGCAUUGGGCGUCCUUCCAUCGCUGCCGUCUGCGGUUCACUCGACCCAAAAGCAACAAAAUAUUCGGCAGCAAUCAGAGUACAAGCUGGUCGUACCGAGAUUAUUGCUGAUCUGGCUAACAUGGUUAAAGAACUCCUUAAAAACUUCUAUAAAGCUUCGGGAAAAAAACCAGAACGUAUUCUGUUCUAUCGUGAUGGUGUGUCUGAAGGACAGUUUGAGCAUGUAUUGAACAGAGAAAUAGAGGCGAUAAAAGAUGCUUGCAAAAGUUUGGAUGCUACGUAUAAUCCUAAGGUGACCUUUGUAGUUGUUCAAAAGAGGCAUCAUGCACGAUUUUUCCCCAUUGAUCAAAAAGACUCGGAACGCUCGGGAAAUUGUCUCCCGGGAACGGUGGUCGAAUCUGGGAUUACACACCCUUUCGAAUUCGAUUUUUAUUUGCAAAGUCACUCUGGGCUGCAAGGUACAUCUAGACCUUGUCAUUACCAUGUCAUCUGUGACGAAAACUUUUUCACGCCAGAUUCAUUACAGACCUUAUCGUAUAAUCUCUGUUAUCUCUAUGCAAGAUGUACGCGCUCUGUAUCGCUGGUGACUCCCGUCUACUAUGCUCAUUUAGUCUGUAGUCGUGCUCGUUUUCACUCUAAAGAUGACAACUUUUCGGAGUUUACCGACUCUGCCGAUGAUGGUGUCGGAGCAGCAGCUAGCUUUAGUGCCGUAAAACCGGAAUUGACGAGA